GAGAGGAAAUAAAUACCCCCAAAACAUCUCCCCCCAAAAACAUACCCAUUUUCUUUUGAAGCUAACCGAACCCCUUCACCCCCACUCUCAACAAUUUCUAAAAUCGUUUUCUCUUCAUUUUCUCCUUCCUUUUCUUUGUUUAUUAUUUUUAUUUUCUUUUCUUUUAAAUUUUCCGGAAGAUUAUUUACAACAAUAACUUUAAAUUCUUCAUUGUUAUUGUUUUCUUGGUAUGAAAUUGUUUGUGGGGUUGUUGUUGAAUGUCUGUGGUGUUGACGUAUUUAUUUUUGCUUCUAUUGCUGGUUUUGCUUCAGAUUUGGGUUCUACUACCUUUACCAAUUUUGCUUCAGUUUUUAGUUUUGUGUCAGUCACUGGUUUUGUUUCGAGUUUUAGUUUUGCUUCUGAUUUUGGCUUUGCUUCUUUUCCUAAUUUUGCUUCUGGUUUAAGUUUUGCUUCAGAUUUUAUUUUUAUUUUUUCUUUUUUUAUUUUUGUUUCAGGUUUUAUUUUCACCUCUAUUGCCGGUUUUGCUUCAGUUUUUAGUUUUGAGUCUGCUGUUGGUUUUGAUUCUGAUGGUUUUGCUCCUUUUCCUAAUUUUGCUUCUGGUUUAACUUUCACUUGCAUUGCUGGUUUUGCUUGUGUUUCUGAUUUUGCUUCGGACUUUAGUUUUGCUUCUGGUUUUACUUGCUUUUUAGAUUUUGUUUCAGAUUUUGUUUUAACUUUUUCUGUGGAUUUAGAUUUUGCUUCUGAUUUAUUUGUUGAUUUUGUUUCUUUUAAAGAUCUAGUAGUUAAUUUUUCGGGUUUCGUUGUAGUAUUAAAUUCUGCUUCAGUUCUGGCUGUUGUUGCUAAAGUAGAUUUUAAUGUAGUUGUUAGUUUUGUUUUAGAUUUAAUUGGUGAUUUCGUUUCAGUUUUUGGGGUUGCUUUAGUUUUUGUUUUAGAUAUUUCUGAGACAUUCGAUUUUGCCUUUAAUUCUGGUUUAGCUGUAGUUUUGGAUUUUACUUGUCUUUUAAAUGUAGUUUUAGUUAAUUUUUCUGGUUUGACUGUGGUAGUAGUAAAAAUUGUUGUAUUUUUGAAUGUUGUUUCAGUCUUCAAUUUAUCUUGAAUUAAUGGCUUUGAUGUUGUAAAUAUUUGAGUUUUUGUUGAUUUAAAUAAUUUUUGGGGUUUAGAAGUAAAUAUUUCUUUAGUUAUUAUUUUUGGUUUGGCUGUCGUAGUAGUAGAAAGUGUUUUUUGUUUGACUGUUGUUGUUGUAGCUGUUGUUGUCUUUGUUUCAGUUUUAACUUUUUGUUUUGUUUUAAUUGUUGUACCUACUUUAGUUUUAGGUAUUAAUUCUUUUGUUGGUUUAGUUUCUUCAACUUUUGUUUUAUUUAAAGAUUUUGUUGUUUUCUCAGUUGUUGAUAAGAACUGAGAAAAAAUUGUCUCUUUUAGAGAAUUUUGUAAUUUUUCUUCA